AGCAUAGUGAAGAUGCCGCAAUGGUGUCUGGGCUUGUUUUUUCUGCUCCUGCUUGUGCUGCUUGGCUCUUCUGCAGCGAAGGUCCCGGUGAUCAUCGUGUUUGGCGACUCGACAGUCGACUCCGGCAACAACAAUUUCGUCAACACUGUUGUAAAGUCCAAUUAUGAGCCCUAUGGACGCGACUUUGAUGGAGGAAAACCAACGGGGAGAUUCUCCAACGGUCGACUAGCCACAGACUUCAUCUCCCAAGCCUUCAACCUCUCCCCCGCAAUUCCACCUUAUCUUGAUCCGGCGUAUGGCAUUAAGGACUUUGCCAUUGGCGUCUGCUUUGCCUCCGCAGCCACCGGCUACGACAAUGCCACUUCCAACGUUGCGUCUGUCAUUCCACUGUGGAAGGAGCUGGAGUACUUCAAAGAUUACAUAGGGAAGUUGAAAGGCUUCCAAGGAGAGGCAAAGGCAAGGGAGACAAUAGGGGAGGGUCUCUACAUCAUAAGCAUAGGGACCAACGAUUUCCUGGAGAACUAUUUUGCUGUUCCCGUCAGGUCUUCAGCUCUUACCGUCAAAGAGUACCAGAGUUUCCUCAUUGGAAUCGCCAAGUGGUUUGUGAAUGAAAUCUAUGCGUUGGGAGCUCGAAAGAUAGACCUCACUGGGCUGCCUCCAAUGGGUUGCCUGCCACUGGAGCGCUCAAUCAACUCUCGGCUGUUUCAGUUUGACGAAUGCAACCAGGAGUACAACAGAGUGGCCCGAGAGUUCAACGUCGAGCUGCAGAAAUUGGUGGAGAAGCUCAGCAUGGAAAGGCCGGACCUCCGCCUGGUUUAUGGCAAUAUUUAUGAUUUCUUUGACACAGUUGUCAAGAGUCCAUCUUCUUAUGGAUUUGAGGUUGCAAAGGUAGGUUGUUGUGGUGCCAGUGGACUAAUGGAAUUGGGCUACUUGUGCAAGAUUCCAUUAACAUGUAAAAAUGCAGAUAAGUAUGUGUUCUGGGAUGCUAUCCACCCUACGCAGAAGAUGAAUAAACUGUUGGCUGAUUAUAUUGUCAACACCACCUUGGCUCGUUUUAUGUGA